AUGAGUGCGGUCGUUGACUUGUUUCUACUGGUCAAACACGAGAAGGAUCUGGACUGGGAGAUUCUUAUCUCUUCAACCUCUCACGAUCCAAGAAUCUGUCAGGAUCUAUGGUCAUUACGCUGUGAUUGCGGCCACGAAGUCGACUUCUAUCGACAUCUGAUCGCAAGUUCCACCUCACAAAGCUUGAAGAUGAAGGACCAAUGCCUAGCGUUCAGAUUUGCGAUGAGUGUCAAUCUGACAUGGAUGCCGACUCACUUUCACAGACUCUACUUUGUUAUCAACACACUACCUGCAGACCUCAACCUGGAGCUUUCAUACCAGGCAGAAGCCUAG